AUGAAGAAAGAUGUCGUUGGGUUCCCGCAUUUGUCAAAGAUACAUUUUUGGGCUGGAAUGUCAACUACUCAGCGUAGUGAAAGCAUGAAUGCAUUUUUUGAUGGAUAUGUUAACUCAAAGACAAAACUUAAGCAAUUCGUUGAGCAAUAUGAUAGUGCUUUAAGAGACAAGAUUGGGAAGGGGAAUCAAGUUGAUUUUCAAUCUUUUAGCACUUUAAUUCCUUGUGUGACUCAUUUUGUAAUUAAAAAGCGAUUUCAGGCAGUAUCCACUAAUGCAAAGUUUAAAAAGUUCCAAAAAGAGUUGACUGAGAAGAUUUAUUGUGAGGUUUCUUGUGUUGAUGAAAGUUCUGGAUUAUUUGAUGUAUGUGAGGUCUUAUUCUUUGGUGAAGGAAGCAAAGAAGUUCACUUGACAAUUCAUUUCAACAAAGAAAAUAAUGAAGUUCAAUGUUCUUGUCAGCUGUUUGAAUUUAAAGGAAUUUUAUGCAAGCACGCUAUAUCAAUUCUCAUUAGAAUGGGAGUUUCAAAUGUUCCAAUGAAAUACAUUUUGUCACGAUGGAGCAAGAAUUUGAGAAGGUGUCAUACAAAGAUUAAACUUGUUUAUGAUGAUUUACAUAACAAUCCUGAAGCACAACGAUAUCACGAGUUCCAAAGGAAAUUUGACAAAGCGGUUGAUUAG